UUUACCAGACAAGUCGUGUCUGCGGCUUCCACUUGCCACUUCAACUCGAGUCGAGUCCGCGAGGCAGCAACGCCAAUAGCUACACUAACGGAAUACUAAAAACAAAUAACACACAACGAAAGCAUACAACACAAUAAAAAAGAAGAGAAAAAAAAACUGCAUCAUUUGCAUAAAGCAAAUAGAAAACGUUAAGUUCAAAACGCGCUGAGCAAAAGUUGAUUUGAAUUUCGAUUUCAAUUUUGAGUUCGCUUUUUUUGUUGUUUUAUCGUCUUCGCAUUUUUGACAUUUCUCGCGCGCCAAUUGGAAAUUUUCCAAAUUUUCAUACUCUGCAUCCUUAUCGUGUCUUGUUUUAAAUUGAAUAAUAUACCAAAAUAGUGCAACGAUAUUGAAUCAUACAAUUGACAUAACAAUUGCAAUUUGUUGCCGUCUCUGAAGAAACCCAGCCAAAUAAAUUGUCUGGCAUUUGUGCGAAUCAUGCGACUUUUGUUGGCACUUUGGGGCACCUUGUGCCUGUGGGCAGUCUCCAGCGAUGCUCAGGGAUUUAUACCACCCAAUGGGGCAAUACAUAAUGCGCCGUCUUUCCACAAUGCGCAUCGUCGUCAACUGAAUUUACCGCAGUAUAAUCAGCAAAACUUUAUCCAGGCUGGCGUUGAGUUGCCCAUACCACCGCAACAACAUCAGCAACAUCAACAGCGCCAGCAUCAUGGACAUCAGCAAUCCCAUCAGCCGCAGCAUCAUCAUCAGCAGCAGCAGCAGCCACAGCAACAUCGUUUUGCCCAAUUCCCGCAACAACAGAAGCAGCAACAACAGCAGCAGCCGCAGCAGCAACCGCAUAGCAAUCAACAAUUCCAGCGUUCGACUCAAAGUCAACUGCAAACAGCACCACAAUAUCCACAGCCCCAGCAACAGCAGCAGCCGCAGCAGCAGCAGCAACAGUUGCCUUCAACUGCCAGCAAUCUCGACCUGCAUCAUCAGAACUUCUUGGACUUGCGCAACUUUGCUGGCUCCCAGCAGCUGCCGCCACGCCACAAACAAUUUCCGGAUGCACGUCUGCAAUCUACCGCAUUUCCAGCACCAGCUUACCAGCAACAACAGCAACAGCAGACACUGCAGCAGCAACAACAGCAGUUUGCUUUCCAGCAGCCACAGCAGUUUGGCCAGCAGACUACGCAGAAGCUGCCAAGUCAGUUGCCCGUGCCAACAUUCCAGACUCUUUCGCAGCCACAACAGCAGCAGCAACAGCAACAGUUCAGCUACCAGCAACAGCCACAACAACAGCAACAACAGCCACUGAGUGUGCCACAACAGCAGCAGUAUCAACUUACACCCCAGUUGGGCUUGCCAUUGCCACAACUUUUCAACAACCUGCAGUCAACGCCGUUCCCCGUGCAGCCAUCGCGUGAAACCUUCCAGCAGCAGCAACAGUUGCAGCAGCAGCAACAACCUCUGUUCUCUCAGCAGCAGCAACAACAGCAUCAGUUCAUCAAUAAUGCACCACAAGCACAGCAGGCUGAUCAAGAGUACAAGCAAAAGAUUAUUCAGAAACACGAACAAUUUGUGGCCAAGCAAUAUGAGAAAUCCCAGCACAAGGUGCGCCAGCAACAUGAGGAAUUCCUGGCUAAGCAACAUGCCAUCAAGCAGCACGUGCUGCCCACCAUCAUCACUCAGCACAACAAUUAUCCACCCCAGCAACAGUAUGUGCAACCACCACGCGGUCGUCCCGUUGCCCAUCCCACGGAAUACAAUCAGUUCAACAGCGCACUGCAGCAAUACUACAAGGAGCAUCCCACAACAACGACAACUACAACAACCACCACUACCACUACGACAGAAGCCAGUACCACGCCCAAGAAGAACAUCUACUCACAGGUGAAGUCUGAGCUGGGCAAAUACAACAGUCCCAAGUUGGUGGGCAAGAAACCGGUUAAGACUAUUGCUCGCGAGGAUUUGCUAAAGCAGCUGAAGGCAGCUCUGUCCGAGACACCACAGCAGCCACUGACGGGCAACAAGACCUACGACGAGAUGGAUCUGGUGUUGCCCAAUGGGCAGCGUGUGCAGGUCAUUCGCACCACGGAUCCCAACCUAGUGCAGGGACAACAGGCUUACUCUCAGGAACAGCUGCAGACGUUGCUGGCCCAGCAGGCUUUAGGCGCGGAGGGAAAGUUGAGUCUCAGUGAUGUUGCGCCCACGAAGAGCAAGGAUCUGGUGCUGCCAGGUGGUGGCAAGGUGCAAAUACUGCGUUCCCCCGAUCCACAGGAGUCGGAUACUUUGCCAGCUGGCGGACUACCCGGCGGUGUUGAUCUCUCCAGCUUGGCGGCUUUGUAUGGAGGCGGCGCAGGUGACAUUCAGGGAGUCAGCAAUGGAGCCAACAGCAUUGCCAGCUCGGCGGUGAUUACCUCUGACUCGGAUGAUCCACCCACGCUCGAGGAACUGGCUAAGCGUGGCCUCAUUCCCGAUGGCUACGAGAUCGAAGGACUCAGCUCUAAGACCACGCCCGCACCACCCACACUACCGCCCAAGAAGAAGGCCACAUAUGUGUAUCUGGAGGAGCAAGCCGAUGGCAGCUUCAAGAUCCAGGGUGUCAAGGCCAAUGGCGAGAAGGAAACAAAGCAAACUGGUGCCGAGGUGGAGAGCAUCUUGGAGCGCAUUCGCAGCGGAGAGAUUAAGCUGCCGCCCUCUGUGUACCGUCUGACCUUGCCCAACGAUGAGGUUGUCGAGAUCAAGAGCGGAAAGAUCAUACAGACCACCACCACACGUGCCCCAGUCAUCAUUCCCAGCACCACUCCCAGUACCACAACCACAGCUAGAUCCACCACCACAACAACCACAACGCCAGCGCCAUUUGUUUCCCGUGGCACACCCAGCAAUCAUCGCCAGUAUCAUCCGUCGCGUCUCUCGAGCACCACCUCAACAACCACAACCACCACGAGCACCACUAGCACUCCGUAUACUCCUCGCUUCCCCAGCUUGUACGAAAGCAGCAGCAUCCCCAGCAUUAGUGCCAGCUUGGUUCGUACCACGCCAGCGCCCAUCUACAGCUCGUCGCCAAUCACGCAAUCGCCGCAGUACAUUGCGGGCGCAUCCACGCAUCUGCCUGUGGUGACCGAGCGUCUGGCUGACAUUACGCAAACCCCUGAGGUCUUGGCACAGACACCCGCUCAAUAUGCCGAUGCUUUGGUGCAGGAAACGGAGAACACUGAGAAGGCAGCCUCGACUGUUGGUGCCUCAGUGCUGUCAAAUCCCAGCGAGGAUCUGUUGCAGAUACUCAAGAGCAAUGGACUGUUUGCCAUGGCUAAGUAUCUGCGUCAGAGCGGACUGGACAGCAUACUCAACGAGACGGGUCCCUACACCAUCUUUGUGCCUACGGACAAGGCGUUCAAGAAUCUGCUUGUUCAACUUGGAGGUCCCGAACGUGCCGAGGAGAAGUUCCGUUCCAAUCCACGACUGCUGAGUGGCCUGCUUUUGCAUCAUGUUAUUCCCGGAUCGUUUGAGAUUGCUACGCUGCAGGACGAGAUGACUGGCGUCUCCUUGGCUGGCACUCAGCUGCGCGUCAAUCAGUACAAUAUGCAUGAUCAGGAGUGGAACGAUGUCACUCUCACCACCAUUAAUGGCGCGAUGGUUGUGCUGAACAAGAAGGACAUUAAGAUACCACAAGGUGUUGCCCAUGCUGUCGAUCGUGUCAUGUUCCCGCUGCCCGUUGGAGAUCUGCUGCAGACGCUGCAAUCGGAUCGCGAAGGUCGCUUCUCCAACUUCUUGAAGAUUCUCUACACCUCUGGUUUGUCUGAGAAACUGCAAAGCAAAGGUGUCAAGACUUACACAGUGUUCGCUCCUGUUGACAAGAGCUUCAGCGAACUGGACUCGGACACGCUCGAGAAACUCUACACGGAUAAGGAGGCCGCUGAACAGUUCGCCAUGAAACACAUUGUGCCUGGAGCUCUCUUCUCUGCCGGCAUGCGUUUCUACCAGGUCAAGGAUUCGUUGUUCACGGGCAAAACCGUUGUGUUGCAAAAGACUUCUGCUGGCAAAAUCAAAGUGAAUGAUGCACAAAUGGUCACCUCGAAUAUACCGGCAACCAACGGUGUGAUUCACGCCCUGGAUGGUGUCCUGGCGUGAAGCGAUUAGCUUGGAGAUUGGCCAAUUUGUGGGCCUUGUUAUUGCAAAUUUUGUUUAGUCCAUAAGUUUUUUGGUUUGCAUUGACCAAGAUGGGGGUAUCUUUAUAAUUAUCACAAAAUCAAGCAAAAAUUGUUAGUGAAAUCUUGCCACUACGUGUAGAAAUCGGAAUCUUAUAGUAGAGAAUUGGUGCAAACAUCAGCAAACACAGCAACAGCAACGACAACAAUCAGAAUAUUUGGGUGCUUCCACAAUGAGUUCUGUAUUUUUUCUUUCGCUUACAUAAACAAGUCAUUACAAAUAGAAUUAGUUUAAUUUAAGUGAAAGACUAAACAGAAGAGUGUAAAAAAGAAAAGAAAAACAAUGUUCUGAGAACGAAGACAGCAUUGCAAAUGGAAUAACUUUAAGAGUUUUAUAUCUAAUUUAUUAUUCGGGCAUAAAAUCCAAUUCGAAAUUCUGUUAAUUAAGAAUUUUAGUUAAGUUGAUUUGUUUUAAAUAAAUGUAGAAUUAAAUAAACUGUACAGUAUAACCAACCCGUU